AAACAAAACACUUUCCUGAAGGGUUUUUGGGAUUUUUCUCGGUAUAUAAUUAUGACCCAUCAAAAAGAAUAUUAUUUUUUGAUAGAAUAAACAAUGAAGCUUCUUUAAAUGAUUUAUGUUGUAAUUUUAUUUUAAAAAUUUGACGUCUUAUCUUUAUAUGCAAACUUCAAUAUUUGCCGUCGUGAUGGAUGACUGCCACAGAAGUUUCCGACAAAUUGAGGCUCAAGAAAAUGUGCUGCAAAAAAUGCAGAACAUUCACAUGAGAUUGCAAGAGACCGCUAAGAAAGCGAAGCAGCAGCUGGACGACGCAAAACUGCAUUCUGAGAAAGCUGAGCAUGAGAUGGACAAGGCCUACCUUGAUUGCAAAAAUUCGGUUUCAAGCCUAGGUCAAAACCUGCAAACUCUUCACCAACAGUGUCUUGAUUUGAGCGGCGCCUUGUGCCCCAAAGAGCCACAGCUUCUGUGUCAGAUGCCCUUGGACGAGCUAUGCCAAUCAAGAAAAACCGUUGAAAGCAAUUUGAAGCUGCUCAUCGUUAAACAGUUUCAAAAGAAACUCCAGCAGGACAGUCCAAAAACAGACAACCCAUACCUACAUCUACUGAUUGGCCCCGACAAGAAAAAAUUUGAUCAGCACUGCCGAGACCUGGAGAAGUUGCAAGUUGAUUACGGGAGAUCAUUGGCAAGCCUGAAGAUUCUUGAUGCUAAGAAUAUUGCCCUGAAAGCAGCAAUAAAUUUUAUUAAGCACAAAAAUUCAAAAGCAGAAACAAAUCUUCCUUCUUUGACAACUUCAGUAAAAACUGUUGAAAGAGAAGUGAAAGAAUCUGCUGCCAAAGCUGCUGCCAACAAGGCCAAUGUAAUUUCCUUGGCCAAUUUAGCAGUAAAACAAAACAGACUUCACUAUUACUUGGACUGCUUGGAGUCUGUGCAACAAAUCAUGAAAAAGCAAAUCGGCAUUGACUCGAUUCUGUGUAACAUGAUAUUGGUUGAAUCUGAAAUUACACAAGAAGCCAACCACUUUUUGGGUACCAUUGGAAAGCACUUCAAAACUGAAGUUGAGAAUAUAGAGAAAAACAUAGAGGGCAUAGUGAUUAUGAGAUCUGCACCGGUGGCCAAAGCUACAAAGACAUGCGAGGAUGACCCUUUGCUAGAAGAUUUUUGUGUAAAAAGUUCAGAAAUAAUUGACCAACUAAAUGAACACACUGUUUUGCUGAGAAAGAGAGCUUUGCUGUUAAGCCAAACUGAAAGUGCUGACGCUGCAGAGUUUCCAAUGCUUGAAAGCUCUGUUUCCCAGCUGGAAAAGUUGCACACAGAUUUCAAAUCUGAAUUUCAGAGUAGUGUUCUGGAAUUCAGGAAGACAAAAGAACGACUGAAACUUUGCCAACAUCUGAAGCCACCAAUUGACUUAUGGCAAGCAUUCUUAGUAAACCCUGACAAACUUUCUGCCUAUUCGACAAAGACUGAUGAUUAAAAUCUUAAUUUCACAAAAAUUUUGUAUUUAAUAAACUUUACGUCGUGCUAUGACUGCUAUUUCAAAACAAUGUAAUUUUUAGCUCACAUUAAAAUAAAUAUAGCAAUUUUAUUACUUUGA